AUGGGCAAGUUGAAGACGUACGACCAAACUGGAACUGUCGCCUGGGUUGACUUGUGGUUGAUUUUUGUCCCCGGAGCAUUAGUUUACUCCAAAUUCAAUGGUGUUGAGAGGCUUUACCGCCUGCAGGACAUUUUUGACCCCACCAAGGGUGCCAAAAACAGCGAUAGACCCCGAUUCUGGGUCCUUUUCAUGCGAUCGACGGACUGGAAUGGAGAGAACUUCGGCUACAAAGAAUCCACCUGGCGAAUCUACCACUACUCUGGAUUGAUGCCUAUCACCGAGUUGCGUCAUUGUCCUCUGAAAUUCUUACCCGACAGGGGGGAAAUUAAGCACAGGCUUCUAGUGCGUGGCCGAAAAUUCGAGCAGAUGAGAGGAUACCACUUCAAGUUCUACAAGGGUCAACGACAUCUACUCGAUUGGGAUAGAAUGAUCCAGGAGGCCCCCAAAGAAAUCAGCAAACCAACAUCUGAUCGUGUCAUCAUCGAUGCCUUGGCAUAUCACAAAUUUGCCUAUGGAACAAACUCGUUUCUACACCCGCUCAACUCUGCCAAUAAGGAACCUACGGCGACCGAAGCGAAACCGUCUCUCGGCCUCACACCAGAGGGUGAGCCUCGUGUAGAACGCAUCCAGUCUCUCUCUGAUGAUCAAUGCCUCAUUGCCGUUACUCGAGUCAAGGGUUACGACCUUAAAGACAAUCAAUGGUGUGAGUUUAACAUAGAUGGCAUUCAAGACUUCGAAUGGAAUGAUGGUGCCUUUAGCCGUUUGGUUAUGCCAGAUUGCGAGAAGAAGAUCCUAAGAGCUUUCGCUAUGCGAACGCAUCUUCAGACGGCAGGGUUUGAUGACUUCAUCACUAAAAAGGGAGUUGGCAAGACACUCGCUGCUGAAUCGCUUGCAGAUCUUUCUCAUGUUCCAUUGUACUCUGUCAGUGCAAGCAAUAUGGGAAAAGAUAUAUCUGAAAAGGAGAAACUGCUCAAAGAGGCCUUGCAAAGCUGCCAGAUGUGGAAUGCUGCGUGUCUUAUUGACGAGGCCGAUGUUUUCCUUCAAGCACGAUCUGCAUCCAAUUUGGCCCAAAACGAGAUGGUUUCUAUUUUCCUUCGACGUUUGGAAUACUACCAAGGCAUCCUCUUCUUGACCAGCAACCGAUACGAUGACAUCGAUCCCGCCUUUCGAUCACGCAUCGACUUCAUCCUACCCUUCAAAGACCUUGACGCUCACUCCGCGCGAUCAAUUUGGAAAGCAUUCCUUAAGGACAUGUCCAGAGGGCAGAUUGACGUUAGUGACGACGAGUUGUCGGAGUUGGCAACAUGGAGGCUGAAUGGCCGUGAGAUCAAGAACAUGGUGAAGACAGGGAAGGUACUCGCCGCAUCAGAAGGCGAGAAUCUGAACAUGGGACAUCUGAGAGUUCUCUAUGAGAUCCGGGAAAGAAUGAAGCCAGGUAGACCUCCGAUGAAGCCGAUUAAGCCGAGCCGCCUCAGAUCAUCGGCUUGCAACGGGUCGGAUUGA